GAAACUAAGCAUAUCACUGUAGAUGCACCGAGGGAGAAGAGCUGGGAAGCCAUCAGAGCUAGCUGCUGCUGCUGCCGCUGCUGUGUGCUGAAAGACAGUCUUGUGUCUUGGAAAAUGGACAACCGUGUAUUCAAACUAUCCAGACAGAUCAGAAGAAUGUCGCCUGCAUGCUAAUCGAGCAUCAAGUACAAAAUUGAUAUCCGCAAAUUCUGAAUUUGGAUGAACCUGGUUGGUAGGACCAAGACGAUGGAGAAGAAUCAUGUCCACUCUUAUUCCAAUACUAUUUCCAAGAUCCAACUUACAAUUCGACAGAAUUUAUCCGGAAUAGCUGUCUAUAUAUUUCAUUGACUCGUGGCCCUGGUGCUUGCUAGUUAGCCUCGCGUAUAAGAACUUUUCUCUUUGAUAAUUUUGUAAUAGAAAUGCACGCACAUCAUUGUUGAAUCUUUGGGACUGACUUCCUUGGCUUGCUAGGUACCAGCAAAACAGAAGAGAAGCCUGGUAGAGGCAGUGACAUAGCUGAUUCCGUUAGCAUGAGUUCAGCUAAGCUGGAUAGUGAGACAACAUAACCGGAACGGCAGCUCGUGAAUGACAGCAACGUCUACACGGCGUACGUAGCAGUUAGAUUCAUCUGUUUGUGCAGCUCUGACCAUUUGACAUGUGCUUGGCUAUUGACACACGUUUGAAUUUAUGAAUUUAUUCUUUUUUAAGGCAAACAUAUCUCAGCUUGCUUGAAUGCCUUAGUGUCAAGCACGAAUUUAACAUUUAGCACCGAAAAAAGAAAUCAAAUCCGACCUUUUCCUCUCAUGAGAUUUUACACCAAAUCAGCAGGAAUCCCUCUGAAGCAGGAAGGAAGAUAAGUUGUGGGCUUUAGCGAGCUCUAGACCUAGACGAGGUGCACAUGUACAAAGCACAAGCUGGGCGGGGCCGGCCUGGGCCUAGCAGGAGGGCCAUGAACUCCGCCGCCCGACCCUCUAGACAAAAGGAACGAAGAUUCUUAAAAAACAUCACUGCCUCUCAAAAAAAAAAUCACCGCUGCCGGGAUUCGUUCUCCGUCUCUUCGCCAGCGUACUCGGAUGGGGAAAAGCGUGGCGGCGGAAGAGCGCGCGGGUGCGAAUAUAGACGGGCGCGCCGUGUUCCUGGACGGAAUCCCACCAGAGAUGCCAGAGGCCGUGUUCUCGUCACCACCGCCCGCCGAAUCCUUCUCCGCCUCUUCGCCGAGGAAUCCAGUGAAGAAACGCGGCCCGCGGUUGGACAUCGAUUGGAUGCACAUGUUACCCCAAGAUCUCCACGGUCAGCCGAUUCCUUCCCCGCCUCUUCGCCGGCGAAUCCAGUGGAGAAACGCGGCCCACGGUUGGACAUAGAUUGGAUGCACAUGUUCAAUGGCGGAAGUGCUAAGCCGACGGAGGUUGAGUUCUUGACAACCCUGCCGACUGCCGUCGCCCCUAGGUCUCCACGCUCCGCCAAUUCCUUCUCUGCCUCGUCACCAGUGAAGGAACACGGCGGACGGGUGGAUAUAGAUUGGAUGGAUAUGUUCAGCUGUGGAAGCGCUGAGCCGCCUGAGUUCGAAUUCUUGCCAUCACUUCCCGCCGUUGUCGCCCCUAGGUCUACACGGCCUGCUGAAUCCUUCUGUGUCUCUUCCCAUGCGAAUCCAGUGAAGAAACACGGCGGACGGGUGGAUAUAGAUUGGAUGGAUAUGUUCAAUUGUGGAAGCGCUGAGUCACCGGAGUUUGAAUUCUUGCCAUCACCGCCCUCCGCUGUCGCCCCUAGGUCUGCACGGCCUGCUGAAUCCUUCUGCGUCUCUUCCAAUGCAAAUCCAGUGAAGAAACACAAAGCACGGGUGGAUAUAGAUUGGAUGGAUAUGUUCAAUGGUAGAAGUGCUGAGCCGCCGGAGGUCGAGUUCUCGUCACCCCUGCCCACCGCCGUUGCCCCUAGGUCUGCACGGCUUGCCGAAUCCUUCUGCGUCUCUUCCCAUGCGAAUCCAGUGAAGAAACACGGAGCACGGGUGGAUAUAGAUUGGAUGGAGAUGUUUAUUGGUGGAAGCACUGAGCUGCCAGAGGUCGAUUUCUCGUCCCCUGCCCGCGGUCGUCGCCCCUAAGUCUGCACGGCCUGCUGUUUCCUUCUGCGGCUCUUCGCCGGCGAAUCCAGUGAAGAAACGCAGCCCACCGGAUAUAGACUGGACUGCGAUGUUCGAGACCGGAAGCACCAAGCUGCUGGAGACCAAUCUCUCACCACCGGCACUCGAAUAUGGUGCAUGCUGCCCUUCCUGCUUCUGAUAUGAUAUGUCGAACAAUGCUCAGGUGGAGUGCAAAAGUGUGGAACUAUGGGCUUAUUAUAGGGAGACUAUGAAUGUUGGGUUAAUAUAAAUUGAUGCAAUUAUGAAUGA